AUGGCAGCAUCUGUCUCUGAGUUGUUGCUGGACGUUCUGGAGAAACUGGACAAAAGAGAGCUGGAUAGAUUUCACUGGGAGCUGAGCAAUAGCAAUCUGAAAGGUUUUCAUAACAUUUCAAAGGCUCACCUGGAGAAUGUCACAAGGCAUGCCACUGUGGAUAGGAUGGUGGAGACCUACUGCAAGGAGGGAGCUGUGAACGUCACAAACAUGAUCCUAAACAACAUGGACUUUAACAACCUUGCUAUGUCUUUAAAGAGAGAUCUUCCAGAAAAGGAACCAGCACAGAACAAAAGAAUGGAAGAGGGGGAAUCGGUGAGUGUACUGAAGGACAACCUGAGAUCUGACUUAACACAUCUGGAGGAAAAGCUGGAGAAAUGUGAAAACGCCCGAGAGAGCUACGAUAGCAUGACUCAGCACACCAAGGAUCAGCAGGUGGACACAACGAGGAGGAUCAGGGAAGAGUUUGAGAAGCUCCACCAGUUCCUGAGAGAGGAAGAGGAGGCCAGACUGGCUGCUCUGAGGGAGGAGGAGAAGGAAAAGGGAAUGUUAAUCGAGAGAGGCAUGGAGAGCAUUGAUGAGCAGAUCUCCUCUCUCACAGAUGCCAUUGAGGCUGUGAAAGAGGACUUGAAGAAAGGCAGUGAAAAAUUCCUUGUGAGUUACAAACGCACCCAGAGCAGAGCCAGAGCCCAACUUGAACUUCCGGAUCCACAGCUCGUCUCCGGAGCGCUGAUCGACAUCGCCAAACACCUGGGAAACCUGCAGUUCCAAGUCUGGGAGCAGAUGCAGGCGAUAGUCAAACACUCGCCCAUCAUUUUGGACCCCAACACGGCUCCCUCUACUAUGACUUUGUCUGAUGACCUCACCAGCGUGCGACACACAGCCAUAGAGAAGCAGCAGACUCCGGACAACCCAGAGCGGUUCACACGGUGGGCAAAGGUCAUUGGCUCCGCAGGCUUUGUGAAGGGUUCAGAGCAUAGCUGGGAGGUGGAGGUGGGCGACCAACCUGAGUGGAAUUUAGGCGUGGCUGCAGAGUCCGUCAAUCGGAAGGGAGAAAAUCUUCUUGCGUCACCAGAAUACGGAAUCUGGGCUAUACUGAAAAGGGGGCGCAAGUAUACAAAUGGAAUUGGUAAAACCCUCACUAUGAAGAGGAUACCCCAGAGGAUCAGAGUUCAGCUGAACUACAACAGGGGGGAAGUGGCUUUCUAUGACCCCAAAGACAAUACACACAUCUACACUCAUAAACAUAGGUUUACUGAGACGGUCUACCCAUACAUCUCUGUUUGGAAGAUAAAAGACGCCAGCAACCGUGAUAUACAGAUCUGCCCAUCAGAGGUGUCUGUGACAGUAAAAUCACAUCAGUGAGGUAUGUGCGCGUGUUGGUGGGUGUAUCGAUCCA